AUCCCUCUAGACUUCUCGCCUUCUGCCGUUACCUCCCAUCUCAGCCUAAACCCAUCGAAAAUCCUGUCCCAAUUUCUUCUUCCUCAACUUCUCCCAAUUUUUGCGGUCCUCUGGCUUGCUUCAUCCUCCCCAGCUCUCAAUUUUUACGCUAAGUCAGUCUCUCUCCAUCGUCAUGCUUCUUUUGCUGAUAUCUACUUUCGGAUUUCCGGCAAAGUAUAAGCUUCACAGAAACUGACGACUCACGGUAGCAGUGGAUUAAGCACGAGAUGACUCAUACUUUAAAGCCGGCCAGAGACUUGGUGGCAUAUUGGGUUGUUCAUCUCUCGGAAAACUAGAACAAUACCUCCUCAUAUUUUGCCCACCGAAAAUCUUCAUCAUAAUCACUGAAAAUGGAAGUAGAAAUUGAGGAUCGCCGAACGCAUAAACCAUAUAAUGAAGAAACUGAUACAAAACUUGCUGCUUCUGGUGAGAUGGAACUUAACAUUGCUCCAAUUCUCAACAGGAUUGAUAGCUUCACGCAUACUGGAAAACAAUGCUCAAGGAACUCAAUAACUAAUUUCUCAGAACACAUGAUCAUGAUACACAAGGAACAUGUUGAGAAAUGGCAGGAGGAGAUCAAGGACUCGCUAUCCGAUUUUGAUCUGGACAGAUAUUCUUCUUGGAAUCUGUCAUCACCUAUCAAGGCUAUUUGCAUUUUUCACUAAGUGGAAUUGCGAUUCCCAGUCUACAUGGGGGAAAUGCCGUGUUAUGAAAAACAACGUGAUAGUUACACAACCACAGCAACAGGCAAUGCCUUUGACGAGAAUUUACAAGAAAAUCAAGAGGAGCUACAAGCCCAUGCUGGAAACAGGACUGCUUCGAAUAUAACAACAGAAGAGCCAGCUGUGGUUGACCUCAGCACAAAAAAAAAAAACAAAAAA